AUGAGUGGUAAAGGUCUUUCCAAGGUCAUUCGUGGCAGCGAAUGCUUGUUCAAACAUGCGCCACUAAGUUUGACCAGACAACAACGAUCUUUCACAAGUUCUCCAGUAUGCCAAAAAGUUGGCCAAGUUCCAUCUUUCUCUCCAACCUCCUCCGCAGAGCUUGACGCCUUACUGUUGAAAUACCGAAAGAACCUUUUCCUACCUGCACAUCUUUCAGAAUACGACCAGGAGCUAGUAUACGGCACUAGACAUGCAGAAUCACUCAAGACUGAUCCCGUCAAGGUCCAGAUUGGUGGAGAAGAAUUUGUCUUAGAGCACAUAAACCAAUUGAGAGAUCUACCAGGCACCACGAGGGGAUUUAGACAAGUUCUAAACCUCAUGAUGGAAAAGAAGGACUGGGACAACCUACCACAGUUCCUUGAGGGACAUCGCGAUUGUAGACGGCCUCUAGCCCAUGCCCUAUAUUGUCAGAUGAUUCGACGGGCCGGUCUAGUAGGACGAAUGGAUGCUGUUAUUGAGGCGGCAAGAAGAGUUCGCUACACAGGAUUUCGCUUGAACGACGAAGAAGUUGUCCUGCAAAUGAUGUACUGGAUCUACUACAAGGCACAGGUCAGUGGUUUUGAAGAGCACGAAACAAAACAGGCGCUUGCAUGGGCAGAAGUCGUGGCAGAUUUGCUUGAGGAUCCAAGGCAUGCUGGAGAUAAGGGCCCAUUACUUGCAGAGGGCGCGAAUGACGUACGGGCUCUUCCGGAAGUUAUUGGUAUAUUAUUGCAGUUGGCUGCAGUUCGCGCUGUAAAACAUACGGAUGGGAAAGAUUUGGAUGGAAAAGUCGCAACUUAUGCUACAAGGCUACUUGGAACACCAUACGACUUGAGCACUUCUUUGCUCAAUCUUAAGAGGCCAGAGGUACGGGUGUACUCGAAAUCCGGCGCCGUCGACUCGGAUAUAGCCAGUCAAACUAAAAUGGAUGGUGGAGAAUAUUCUGCGGAGGAAAUACAGAAAAAGACUAUCCGGGCUAAGAACCAUUGGCUUGUAGCUGCAGUACCAGUGCUACAUGGGAUGAAAACAGCAUUACAUGUUUUCGACCCGUCAACGGUAGCUUCAUCGAAGUUGAAGGAGAACAUACCUCGUUUAGAGAAACGUGUUAAUAGGUACGCAUCCGACUUAAAGGGAAUCGCUGCGGGAAACCUGGGUUAUAGAACAUAUACCAAUUUAUUUGGCUCAGCAUGA